CGCGCCUGCACCGACGCACUGACUCUGCGCGACUGACGUCACUUCCAAGCGUCUGGCGGCACGUUGACGGUGCUUUCGGCGCCUUUCCCAGGAACAAUGUCUAUGGGUAGCGAUUUCUACUUGCGCUACUAUGUAGGACACAAGGGAAAGUUCGGACACGAGUUUCUGGAGUUCGAGUUUCGGCCAGAUGGAAAGCUUAGAUAUGCCAACAAUAGCAAUUACAAAAAUGAUGUCAUGAUCAGAAAAGAGGCAUAUGUCCACAAAAGUGUAAUGGAAGAACUGAAGAGAAUUAUUGAUGAUAGCGAAAUUACAAAAGAAGAUGAUGCUUUGUGGCCACCUCCUGACAGGGUUGGCCGGCAGGAACUUGAAAUUGUAAUUGGAGAUGAACACAUUUCUUUUACCACAUCAAAGAUAGGUUCUCUUAUUGAUGUAAAUCAGUCAAAGGAUCCUGAAGGCCUUCGAGUAUUUUACUAUUUGGUACAAGACUUGAAAUGUUUAGUUUUUAGUCUCAUUGGAUUACACUUCAAGAUUAAGCCAAUUUAAGUUGUGUAUAUGUGAAGAUCUUUGUAUAUUUGAGGGGUGGGGAAGGGAGGACUUGUCAUUUAUAAUACUAAGAUUUUUAUGAAUGUGAAAACAAAUUUUUUGUAUGUAAACUGAACAUAGGAAAAUAUAUAAACAGGCUUAAUGGUUUUUCUUCCUUGGGUCUAAGUAAGUAAGACUAUCCACAUACACAUGAAAUUUUGUAAAUAAAAGCCACUUUUUGUUGAAAUUUUGCUUUAAUAAAACAUACCGAAGCCUGAA